AUGUUGACUUUAAUUAUAGUACUGGCAGCGGUUAUCUCAGCCCUUCAUUUGCGGACCCUGAUCAUGAGUACGGAAGACCGAACGCAUCUCCUGAACAAGCACGAGAUGAACGGAGCCACAUGGGGUAUCAGCAAGAUAUGGAACUCCAUAAUGGAACAGUACGGCAUGCCCAUCGCGCACUACUGUGUUAGCGUCGUAUACUCUCUCUAUUUGCGAAUAACACUCAUUAAUGUGACGAUAUUCGUUCUAAAAUAUGUGCCGACGGGAUUUUAUAUGUACAAAUUCAUAAAAGACAUGUACGUGACUUCUCGGGAAAGAAUAAAACAGAAACAAAACGAAAUGGAAGACAUUCAGCUCCAGAUUCAGAUAGUGAAUACGAAGUUGUGUGUGCGGGACGCGGAGUUUACGGAGCGAGCGGAGCAGCUGCGGCGCGGCGCGGAGCGACUGCGGCGCGUGAGGGCGCGCGUGCGUGACGUCAUCGCCGCCGACGACGCGCUGCGCCGCGCGCUUGACAGCGCCGCCACGUGGGACGGCGAACACGACCUGCACAUGAACUCCUCACCGCAGGAAGAAGACCGCGAAUUCAUAGUGGAAUUAUUAAAGGAGUUGAAGUACGACCAUAUGGCGAUCCCCGAGAGGCAGUCAGAGAAGAUGAGUUGCGGAGAGCACGCGCAGACAGAGCCCAACUCUCCGGAAAACAGCGUCUACUCCUCUCUCAGCGACAUCGAUGUCAGACAAGACUGUCGGGUGAAGAUCGUUAAAGUUACCAACGUCUAUAAAGUCGCUUAUCUUAAGCAUUACAUCAAGCAAAAGAGACUACGACGAGCCACUAAACAAGCAUUGUUGAAGAAAAAGAUGGAAAGUAUAAAAAAGCUGUUAGAAGACUGGCAAAAGACAUUGAAUAUGGUAGUAAACAGUAAGCUGACAAUUCUGAACAUUGACGCUCACCCGAUGGAUGUGGCAUCGCAAGAGGCAAUGGGAGAUUACUCCAAGCCCCGCGAGUCGUCCGACUCCGACAGUGAUUUCAGAAAUAGUUGUACAGACAUGCGUUAUGACGAAUACAGUUUAAGCUGGGCCCAGAAUCCAUACAAGCCAUAUGCAUAUAACUACGAGGAUGUUGCUGAAGCAAAUAGAGAGUACUACGAUACUCAGGACUUCGGCGAUGUGAAAUAUCCUACUCAACCGAUGCUCCCGAGCGAACGAGGGAAAGGUCCGAACAUGAUGUCCAUCAUCGAGGAGACCAACAGUCAGAUAGCCAUAGAGGAGGUCAAGAGUGAGAGCGGCGACGAGUACGACUGCCGCGACCUCAUCGUACUAUAAUUUAACAUUUUAUAUCUAUAUUUAUUGCAUACAUUGUCUCAG